UAAAAAAAAAAAAAAAGUCACCUACAUCUUAUGGCCUGUGGGUAAAUUGACAGCUAAUUUUCAUUUUGGAAUGAAUUAUCCAUUUAACAAGUGAUAUUUAUGUCUUAGUCAUGUGUGCGGGGAUGCUCUGCUGUGGUAUCCUAUACUAUAACUUCCAUUUUUGAUAAAGGUUUUUGUAUACAUGUCUUUGUGUUUAUUUUAUUGAUUUGUAAAUAAAAAACUAAAUUCUGACCUCAUAUCAUUCGCACUGUAGCAUGUAAAUACAGAAAUAUUAAAGUUUCAGACACAGUCUCAUCCACGAUAUACAAAUGUUAAAACAAAAUAUGCAAAAAAAGACUAAUCGUGUUUCUAAAUAAAUGCAUUCAGUUCUUCGGCACCUUUCAGACUGAAGCUGAGUGCGCAAGGCGAGCGAAGAUAACAUCGUACCACGAGACCCAGGGCUUUUGCCUCAUCGUGACGUGAAAGAGUUCCCUUCGACAAAUAUAAACACUUUCUAAAUUUAGUCCCCUCACUAUUUUAAUUCCCUGACGAUUCCUUUGACGCUAGUCACGUGUGGGUAUUUCGUGAUAGCGUGUGGGGGGGUGGGGGUGACAUUUUGACAUAUAAAGCUGCUUCAAGGGCGAAUUCUGCAUUAGAAGAGCGCACAAACCAUAACUGCGCACUUGCGCGUGGCAUUCCUUCAGGGUUGUGAGGGAGAGCGGAUUAAGCGUCCACUCCUGAAAUCUCGCGUUCCAACUGUUUGGAUGGAUUGUGCCAACACUUCGCGGACUAAACGGUGGUUAGAGCUAUGGGGAGCCGUCCAUCGAGUAGCCGCGCGCCGCUGGAUAUCACGCCCGGGGAUCUACAAGUUGUAUUGAUACAGUUUAGUUCCCCGUCAUGAACUGUCCUGGAGUUGCACUACAAAGUUGGGGGCUUUAAAAGAGCGGGGAACAUCAUGCACACAGCGGAGCUCGCGCUUUCCUUUCUCCUCAUCUUGAUCAUCGUAGUGUCGGUGCUGUCCAACGUGCUGGUGCUGAUCUGCUUCCUGUACAAUGCAGAGAUACGCAAGCAGGUCCCUGGCUUGUUUAUACUCAACCUGACGUUCUGCAACCUGCUUCUGUCCGCCUCCAGCAUGCCGCUGACUCUUUUCGGGGUGCUAAGUAAUGCGCACCCUGGAGGACACGUUUUCUGCCAGGUGGUCGGCUUUCUGGACACUUUCCUGACCACCAACUCUAUGCUGAGUAUGGCUGCGCUCAGCAUCGACCGGUGGGUUGCAGUGGUGUUCCCUUUGAGUUAUCAUUCCAGGAUCCGUCACAGGGACGCUGUGAUCGCUCUGGCUUACACGUGGGUGCACUCGCUAUCCUUCUCGGUGGUCGCCGCGUGUCUCUCCUGGGUGGGCUACCAUCAGCAGUACGCUUCGUGCACGCUCUGUAACGGCAGGGCUGUUCAUGCCAAGACGCAAUUCGCGAUGUACACGCUGGUGCUGCACUCGCUUACGUUCCUGCUGGUGUCGGUGGUACUCUGCGUCACCUAUCUGAAAGUGCUCAAAGUCGCGCGCUUUCACUGCAAGCGCAUAGACGUGAUCACCAUGCAAACCCUCGUACUGUUGGUGGACAUACACCCGAGUGUUCGUCAGCGCUGUUUGGAGGAGCAGAAAAGGAGAAGACAGAGAGCCACCCGCAAAAUUAGCACCUUCAUCGGCACCUUCGUGGUCUGUUUCAGCCCUUAUGUCAUCACCAGGAUUGUGGAGCUGUUUCUGACAGAGCCAUUUAAUCCAUACUGGGGAGUGCUGUGUAAGAGUCUGGCUUACAGUAAAGCUGCGUGCGACCCUUUCGUCUACUCUCUCCUGCGCCACCAGUACAGGAAGACCUGCAGUGACAUCAUCAAUCGACUCAUGAAGCGCAGCUCGCUGAACGGCUCCCGGCAUCAGCAGCAAAAUGGAAAGAUUGUGAGAGCCAAGGAAAUCGGAAAACACGGGGAUGUCGAAGGCAGACCUAAAGACUGAGGACUCCUGUUGCUAUAGAGAUGAACGAUCCACAAAGGUAGAGCUUUCCACUCUAGAAAGGAGAGAGAACAAUAAGGCAGUGGAGACAGCGGGAGACCAUUUCUCCACUCAAAAAGAAUUCAAGACGAAGCUGUAGCACUAGAGAUUUUAGUAGCAAAAGAUUCUUAAUAUAUAUAUUUAUUGUCUUUCUUUCAUCCUACCUUUCUUUCUUCCUUUCUUCCUUCCUUUCUCAAUCAGUACUGAAGUCAAACUUCUGUAAAGCUGCAUUCCACAAAAGCUGCUAGUAGCCAACAUAACAAGAGACUAUGUUGGGCCUAUAUCUAAACGUAGUCUAAUUUGUCUCUUGUGUUAGUGAUAAAGUGCUGUUAUGAAUAGUGACUGCUAUAUCACAUGAUCAAAUGUGAGAAAACAAAAGGUCGCUUCUAAUGUUGUGAGUUUUCCAAAACAGAAUAAGAAAUGGUAUUUUCUAUAUGACGUUUUAGUGAAACUCGAUGGCAUGUUUGACCGUUUUUUUUUUUUGCUUUGUUUUUUAUUUUUUCUUUGUAGCAUGUAUUGCAUUCUUCAGGGUUCAGAUAUGAAGUCCCAAAACAAAGGGUGAACCUGUUCUUAUGGUGCCUUUAUUUAUUUUAUUUAAAUAUUAACUUUAAAAAAACUAAACCGUCAUAAGCUGAAAUGUAUACAAAGUUAUUAAAAAUUAAAGAGAUAGAUCAACCAAAAAUAUAA